UAUUAUUUUAUACAAUUUGUCUAAUUUAAAAAAAAAACUUACAUGUUGUUUAUUUGUUGUUGUAUUUUACAUUGCUUUGCAAGGUUUCAAGAGUAUACCUCGUCGUCAUUCUCAGAAAAGAUAAUUAAGUUUUGCUAUGUUUCCACCAAAGGUUUAUCUCAGUUUAGAUUAGAUAAAUCUUUUUGAUGUUUCCACCGCACAAGAAGAUUUAAAAAUGAUUAAGUUUGACAACACUUUCUAAAAUGCAAAUGGUGUUUCGAUGUUUCUUAAGAAGUGCAAGUGAGAUAAUUUGAUUCGUGUUAAACAAUGAAAAACUGAAUAUUUCAGCACCAUAUAAGAAUAUGCUACCUACUCCAUGUGCAAAAAUUUCACUUUUUUUUAAUUUGAUUAAAACAAAACUAUAUUUUUUGUACACAAACAUGCAAAUAAACAGACCAUAACGCAUUAUCUGUAAAACCAACUCCUCCACACAGGUUUUUUUCCACAAAUUUUGACUCGAAUCCGAACUCCGACGGGAAUCGAGUCAAAUUAAGCUCAUUUCAACUCGAUUCAGGUAUAUAAAGAAUUGAGGCGAUCUUCAAGCUCGCUUCAACACCACAUGUUAAUGUAGUAGUCUACGAACAAACCCCCUUCUUGAAGUUUGUAUUUUAUGUCAAAUUUGUUUGGUUAAAACUUUGAAAUCGACCGCCAAGUCAAGUGUGAAAUGGAAAACACAAAGAAAACAGGAAAAAGGUAAAUAAAAAACUAAUUUUAGCUUAUAAACUACAUGAUUAAAUAAUUAAAUAUUCUUUAGAAACAAAAAGAACUGGACGAAGGAGUCCACAGAAGCCCUUCUGGAUUUUUAUGCUGCCAGAGCUGAUGAGUUCCAGCAUAGCCGCAAAAAAAAACUGGAUAUAAACAUCUUUUAGAAGACAUGCUAUCCGCUGGCUAUGCUGACUCCGAUACGACCAGCACCCAUUUAGAGGUAAAAAUCCAAACACUAGUGCGUGCGUAUAAAUAUGCCAUAGAUAACAACAACCGCACUGGAGCAGCACCAUGUGUUGCUCCGUUUAUGGAAAAAAUGGACGAGCUUUUUGGAAGCAAGCCCAUUGUGACAAACGUCCACAACGUCACGUAUGGAGCAGCCGCAAUUGGAAACUCAAGUGAAACUUCAGAGGACAAUACUACCCAACCAUCAGAUGAAAACUCUGAUGACAUGCAAUUGCAUACUACCCAACCAUCAGAUGCAAACUAUGAUGACAUGCUAGAGACCACUGCCACUGACGAUGUUCCAUCGACCUCCACUGCCGCUGCAUCCAAAAGGCGAAAGAUUUCUCGAUCUUUGUAUUUCAAAAUGAAAAUCGAAGAAAAACAAAAGGACAGAGAGGACAAGAACAGAAAAAAUUUUGAAUAA